GUUUGUGGUCAGGCGGCUCUGAACACCAGGAUUGUAGGAGGACAGGUGGCCCCUGUUGGCAGUUGGCCCUGGCAGGUCAGUCUCCAAAGAUCGGGGUCCCACUUCUGUGGAGGAUCCCUCAUUAACAGUCAGUGGGUGCUGACUGCUGCUCACUGCUUUCCAACCAUUACUGCAAGCGGUCUGACUGUGAAUCUGGGCCGUCAGAGUCUACAGGGAUCUAAUCCCAAUGCAGUGUCUCGGACAGUAACACAGAUCAUCAAACAUCCAAACUACAACUCUAAGACGUUUGACAAUGACAUCUGCCUCCUGCAGCUCUCCUCUCCGGUGACUUUCAACAACUACAUUUCUCCCGUCUGCCUGGCAGCAUCAGACAGCACCUUCUACAGCGGUGUUAACAGCUGGGUCACCGGCUGGGGCAGUAUAGGAAGUGGAGUGCCCCUUCCUUCUCCACAAAACCUGAUGGAGGUGCAGGUUCCUGUUGUGGGAAACAGGCAGUGUAACUGUGACUAUGGAGUGGGAGAAAUCACUGACAACAUGAUCUGUGCCGGGUUAAGUGAGGGAGGAAAGGACUCCUGUCAGGGGGAUUCAGGAGGUCCAAUGGUGAGCAAGCAGAGCGGUCGCUGGAUUCAGGCGGGAAUCGUCAGUUUUGGGGAAGGUUGUGCUGAGCCGAAUCUUCCAGGAGUCUACGCCAGAGUAUCCCAGUACCAGACCUGGAUCAACAGCCAGAUCUCCUCCAACCAGCCGGGCUUCAUGACGUUCACGUCCACUGGAACCAACAGUGACCUCAGUGUCACCUGCACAGGACUGCAACCAGUGCCAACCACUAUUAGAACCACCACCACCACCACACCUACAACCACCACCACCACCCCUACAACAACAAUCACCACCACAACAAUUUCAGCACUGGUCUGUGGACAAGCUCCAAGGAAUUCUCGCAACAUGGGGGGACCCUCAGUGGUGGCUGGUUCGUGGCCGUGGAUGGCGAGCCUACAGAAAAAUGGAAGUCACGUGUGUGGUGGGACUCUGGUGGCCUUGGACUCGGUGUUGAGCAACGCCAACUGCUUCUCAAGCUCCCCUGUAGCGUCCGAGUGGACUGUCGUGUUGGGUCGUCUGAAGCUAAAUGGAUCCAAUCCCUUUGAGGUGAUGCUGAAUGUGACAAAUAUCACUCUGAGCAACACGACCGGGACCAACAUAGCCAUCCUCCAUCUAUCUGCCCAGCCCACCCUGACCGACUACAUCCAGCCCAUCUGCUUGGACAACGGGAGAACCUUCGCCGAGGGCUUGGCGUGCUGGGUGGCCGGUUGGAGUCCUGGAACAGGAGGAGCUGAAGAAGUUAUGCAGCAGUUUCAGACCUCGGUGGUAAACUGUGGGAACUUAUCAUCGAGUGAGAGCAUCUGUACAGACGUGUUUGCACUGCAGCAGGGUGAUUCUGGCGGCCCGCUGAUGUGUAAGCAGGGCGGCUCUUGGUUCCAGGCGGUCGUGUUAACAGCUCCAAGCCCCUCUGCCAGGAGGAGACGAAAUUCGGUCAUGACCUUCACCAGAGUGAGCUCCUUUGACUCCUUCCUGUCUGAGACGCUCGAGACACGCUUGUCUCCAGCCCUGAACACCACCAGCGCCAAUUCCGCCAAUGUGUCCAUCACCACCAUUACCAGCAGUACCUACACCACCACCAUGGUUACCACUACUACUGACUUGAAAAGCAUGUUCAACAGCAGUGAGGAUUGUCCUGCUCACUCCUUCAUCUUUGUCUUCUUCCAUCUCCUCAGCCUCGCCUUUUGUCUCCAACUCUGCCUUUAG